AUGAGGAAGAUGCUGGCUGCUCUCCUCUCCCGCGUGUUGGCCGCGGCCCCGAAGCCGGCUCGCCCGGUGCCGGUGGCGUCCUGCACCUAUUCCAGCGACGCCACGUUCGAGAUUCCGAAGUGCGACCUGUACCGGCUGGAAGAGGGCCCGCCGGGGAGCGCGGCGCUGGCGCGGCAGGACGGGCUGCGGUACUACCGCGCGAUGGUGGCGGUGCGGCGCAUGGAGCUGAAGGCGGACCAGCUGUACAAGCAGAAGUUCAUCCGCGGCUUCUGCCACCUGUGCGACGGCCAGGAGGCCUGCUGCGUGGGGCUGGAGGCCGCCAUCGCGCCCUCGGACCACGUGAUCACGUCGUACCGCGCGCACGGCGUGGGCUACACCCGCGGGCUGCCCGUGCGCGCCAUCCUGGCGGAGCUGACGGGCCGCCGGGGCGGCUGCGCCAAGGGCAAGGGCGGCUCCAUGCACAUGUACGCCCGGAACUUCUACGGCGGCAACGGCAUCGUCGGCGCGCAGGGCCCGCUCGGGGCCGGCGUCGCCCUGGCCUGCAAGUACAGCGGCGGCGACCGGAUCUGCCUGACCCUGUACGGCGACGGCGCUGCCAACCAGGGCCAGGUGGCCGAGGCCUUCAACAUGGCCGCGCUGUGGAAGCUGCCCUGCGUGUUCGUGUGCGAGAACAACCGCUACGGGAUGGGCACGGCGGCCGAGCGCGCGGCCGCCAGCACCGACUACUACACGAGGGGCGGCGUCAUCCCCGGGCUGCGGGCCGACGGCAUGGACGUGCUGUGCGUGCGGGAGGCCGCCCGCUUCGCCGCCGCCCACUGCCGCGCCGGCCGGGGCCCCAUCGUGCUGGAGCUGCGGACCUACCGCUACCACGGCCACAGCAUGAGCGACCCCGGCGUCAGCUACCGGGGACGGGAGGAAGUCCAGGAGGUGCGCAGCAAGAGCGACCCCGUCAUGCUGCUCACGGACAGGCUGGUGGGCAGCGGGCUGGCCACGGCCGAGGAGCUGCGGGAGAUCGACGCCGGCGUGAGGAGGGAGGUGGACGAGGCGGCCGAGUUCGCCACCAGCGACCCCGAGCCGGACCUGGGGGACUUGGCCCAUCACAUCUACAGCAGCGACCCGGCUUUCGAAGUGCGCGGCACGCACCCGUGGAUCAAGUUCAAGUCCAUCAGUUAA